UUUCUUCUUACUGAUAAUUCGCCAAGCACAUUUUGCCCGUAAGUCCCAUCCAUCCGGUGACCUAUUCAGGGAAACUUAUCACCUUUUCCAAUUAAAUUUUUACAAGAAUUUCCGUAACGUUCGUUUAAUUUUCAUUUAUUUUUUGAGACUUUUUCCCAACUGAAAAAAUCUUCAAUAUUUGCAAGUUUUUUUUUGUUCAACGUAAAAGAGGGUGUAGAUAUUUUUUUGAGCAAGACAAGCUCGCACGGGUCAAUGUGAAAAGUGCCCACGUAUUCAGUUUUGAUAAGUACACAACGUCGAGUGAUCGUGAAUUUGCCGCUGCUGCAAUGAGUGAAGAAGCUGGGGAAGCACCUUUGCCGAAUUUGGACAAUUUGCGGAAGCUCAUGAAGAGUGGAGACUUCAAGAUGCCGAAGCUCGAUGAUCUCCUCAAGGUGCUGGACAAGAUGGAUUUGCCGGAGGAUCAAAAGGAAAAGCUGAGGCAGAAUUUGAUUGACAACAAAUUCACACCACGUCCCAAUUACCUUAUCUUUAUUAUCACCGUCUCCAUACUCCUAUUGAUCUUUGUGUUCAUCGGAAGGAAGCUGUACAGACACCUGAAAGCUAAGGAGGAGAAACAAUCUGGGAAGAAGAAGGUGAAAGAGGGGAAGAAGGGCAGCAAACAGCCGAAGGAAGAUUCCAAAAAAGGCAAAAAAUCCCAAGACGACCGAGAAAAAAGUCCAAAGAAAAAGAAAUAACGUGCAAUAAAAAUCUUUAUCAAAUUUGAGCAAAAAAAAA